AUGGCCCCCAACGCUUUCGAGGCACAGGGUGUCCGCAUUGCCGUCGAAGGCUGUGGACAUGGCACUCUCGACGCCAUCUACGCCUCUGUCGCCAAGUCGUGCGAGGUCCGUGGAUGGGACGGUGUCGACCUGCUCAUAAUCGGGGGCGAUUUUCAGGCUGUUCGCAAUGCCCCGGAUCUCAGCGUCAUGGCCUGCCCGGUCAAGUACCGCCACCUAGGCGACUUCCCCAAGUACUACGCCGGCUCGGCUAAGGCCCCCUACCUGACCAUCUUCAUCGCGGGAAACCACGAGGCUAGUGCGCACCUGUGGGAGCUGUACUACGGCGGCUGGGUGGCCCCCAACAUCUACUACAUGGGCGCCGCCAACGUCCUGCGCCUGGGGCCCGUCCGCAUCGCGGGUAUGUCGGGCAUCUGGAAGGGCUUCGACUACUCAAAGCCGCACUAUGAGCGUCUUCCCUUCAACGACGACCAGGUGCGCUCGUUCUACCACGUGCGUGAGGUGGACGUGCGCAAGCUGCUCCUCGUCCGGACGCAGGUCGACGUCGGCCUGAGCCACGACUGGCCGCGGGCUAUCGAGUACCACGGUGACUCGGAGGGCCUGUUCAGGAAGAAGCCCUUCUUCAAGCAGGAGUCGAUCGAUGGCACGCUAGGGAAUGUGGCAGCCAGGUAUGUGAUGGAUAGGCUACGGCCGCCCUAUUGGUUCUCGGCGCACAUGCACGUCAGGUUCUCUGCGCUACGACACUAUGACGAGGUUCGGUCGGAGCAGGAGGAGACCGCGCCUGUUGCCGCGGCGCAGGUUCCAGCCAUACCGCAGCAGCCAUCAGCGGCUGCGGAUACCAACCCCGACGAGAUUGAUCUCGACAUGGACGAUGACGACGAUGAGAACAGCAAGCCGUCGGCAGAGGCUUCCGUCGUGAACGGAGACGGGGGCCACGGAAAAGAGUCAGCAGAGCCAGCAGCUCCGACGGUGGAAGCAAGCGAAGUAUCAGAGGAACUACGAGCACAGCUACCAGCCUCUUUCCAGCGUCCUCGGAAGCCUGUGCCCAAGAGGACGCCGGGCCAACCCGUCCCGGAGACCAUCGCCAACAGAGACGUCAGGUUCUUGGCGUUGGACAAGUGCCUACCCGGCCGACAUUUCCUACAGCUGUGCGAUGUGCAGCCUCACGACCUGGAGUCCCUCUCCCGAUACCCGCCGCGCGAUGAAGGCCCCCGCUACCGGCUACAGUACGACCCAGAGUGGCUGGCCAUCAGUCGCGUCUUCCACUCGUCCCUCAGGUUUGGCGACGCCAAUGCCGCCACGGCACCGGACCUGGGCGAGGAGGCGUACGUGCCCCUGAUCGAUGCGGAGAGGCAGUGGGUCGAGGAGAAUAUCGUCAAGGCCGGCAAGCUAGACGUCCCCGAGAACUUUGAGGUCACGGCCCCGCCGCACGUGGGUGGGUCGGCUGAGAUUGUCGACGAUCAGCCCGAGGAGUACACCAACCCGCAGACUUCUGCGUUUUGCCGGCUGCUCGGAGUGGACAACCUAUGGGACGCAAGUCCUGAGGAGCGUGCGGAGAGGAGAGCAAACGGACCGGAGCCUUCGAGGAGCAGGGGAGGAGGGAAUCGGAGAGGCAGAGGAGGCAGAGGUGGAGGGGGUGGAGGGCGGGUUUGGGGGCGAGGUGGAGGGAGGGGCAGAGGUAGCGGUGGUGGGGGUGGAAGACGUGGACGUUGGUGA